CCGCCGCCGCCACUCCCUCCCCGGCCAUCGCCGUCGCCGUCGCCGUCGCCGCUGCAGCCGCCAGCCAUGCUCCACCUCCAGAAACACCUCCUCCUCCUCUCCCUCCCUCCCCGCGCCACCGCCUCCACCCUCCUCUCCCUCCGCCACCAUGGCCUCUUCUCCCUUACCCGCUUCUCCGCCGCCGCCGCCGCCGCUAAAUCCGCCGGCCACUUCGCCGUCGAGGAGUACCUCGUGGCCACCUGCCACCUCACCCCCGACCAGGCUACCAAGGCCUCCAAGUCCAUCUCCCACCUCAAGUCCCCGUCCAGGCCCGACGCCGUCGUCGCCUUCCUCGCCGGCCUCGGCCUCUCCGCCGCCGACAUCGCCGCCGCCGUCGCCUACGACCCGCGCCUCCUCUGCGCGGAGGUCGACAGGACGCUCGCCCCGCGCCUCGCGGAGCUCGCGGGCCUCGGCCUCUCCCCCUCGCAGAUCGCGCGCCUCGUCCUCGUCGACCCCGCCCGCUUCCGCCGCCCCACCGUCAUCUCCAAGCUCCAGUACUACGUCCCGCUGUUCGGAUCCUUCGAGACCCUCCUCCAGGCGCUCAAGAACAACUCCUACCUCCUCAGCUCCGACCUCGAGAAGGUUGUCAAGCCCAACGUCGCGCUCCUGCGGGAGUGCGGGCUAGGUGCUUGUGAUAUUGCUAAGCUGUGCAUCCCGUUGCCGAGGCUGCUCACCACCAGCCCAGAGCGUGUCCGAGAUAUGGUGGCUCAAGCAGAAAACGUCGGCGUGCGCCGUGGCUCCAAGAUGUUCAGGCACGCUAUUCUGGCCGUCGCGUACAUCAGCGAGGAAAAGAUCGCCGCCAAAAUGCAGUUCUUGAUGAAGACAUUAAAGUGGUCAGACGCAGAGGCGAGGAUUGCGGUGUCCAAGCUUCCUGUGGUGCUGAGGAGCUCGGAGGACAAGCUGAGCCGUGUGUCGGAAUUCUUGAUCUCUGAGGUCGGGUUGGAGCCGGCAUACAUUGCUUACAGGCCGGCAAUGCUCACUUAUAGCCUGGAACGCCGGCUCAUGCCCCGGCACUGCGUUCUGAAGUAUCUUAAGGACAAUGGAUUGAUAGAAUCCGACAAGAGCUACUAUAGCGCGGUCCAGGUGACCGAGGAGGUCUUUGUGGAGAAAUACAUAAGUCCAUACGAGGACACUGCGCCGCACCUUGCUGAAGACUAUGCUGCUGUAUCCAGCGUAAAGAUACCCACCAGAUUCAGAUUGAAAGGACCAAAAACAGGCCAUGCAAGUGCGCAAACUGCCUAAUUCUUGCCACGAGUAGUGAGCUGCCAUCGCCGUAGCCCAUCCGGCGGACGACGCUGCACAUGAAGACCUCGACCGGCCGCACUCCGGUUCCUGCAAGGUUGACAUUGCCCUUGCCGGUGGUGAGGCCGGUGAGCCCGAGGUAGUAGCACAGCUCCUGCUCGG